AUGGAGGAGUACCUGCAGUUAGGUCAUAUGCGAAAGGUUGAAGAGGAUCCAGAAGCGACUAAACGAUGUUUUCUCCCUCAUCAUCCGGUGGUCAAAGAGGCCAGCACCACCACUAAGGUCCGCGUGGUGUUCGACGCCUCCUGUAAGACUGCUUCGGGAUUGGCGUUGAAUGAGGUAUUGCUGGUAGGGCCAGUUAUUCAACAGUCUCUCCGAUCAAUCAUCCUUCGUAGUUGCAUGAAACAGAUUCUCUUGGUGGCGGACGUUGAGAAGAUGUUCCGGCAGAUACUUGUGCACCCUGAGGAUAGGCCAUUCCAAUCUAUUCUCUGGCGUCCGUCUCCUUUGGAGGAGGUAUGUGUGUACGAGCUGAACACCGUAACCUACGGAACGAAACCGGCCCCGUUCUUGGCAACUCGUACACUGACUCAACUGGCCAUGGAUGAAGGAGAACGGUACCCGCUGGCGGCGCAGGCAAUUACAGAGGACACGUACAUGGACGACGUCAUCACCGGCUGCGAUAACUUGGAGGAUGCCAAGAAGAUACAGCAACAACUAGACGAGAUGACAAGAUCCGGUGGUUUUCAGCUUAGGAAAUGGGCGUCAAAUUGUGCUGAGGUCCUGAAGAGUAUCCCGGACGACAAUCGUGCAAUUCGUCUGGCGGAAGGCAUAAAUCUCGAUCCAGAUCCAUCGGUGAAGGCAUUGGGUCUGACUUGGUUACCGGAAAGGACGUAUUCCGCUUUCAAUUCGACGUUCCACCGGUCGAGUCAGUUGAAACAUUGA